UUGUUUUUUAAGUUCAUCAGAAAACAAAAGGCGAUCCUAACUGGUGGAUAACAUGCAAACGCAGAGUUGGAAACCGGGCAGGACUGUAUGACCGGGACGCCAUUGCUCGAACGUCAGGCCAUACAGAUGCCUUGAUUGAACUUCAAAGGCGGACCGAUUUGCCACACGCCUGCUGCUUGUUUUGGAGAUUCAGACUAACAGAGCGAGCCCAAGGGCAGUGACACCUCACAGCUGCAGUGUCCUUCCGCUUCAGCUGCUGCUCUGCCCCGCUCGCUCCCCAGGAAGCUUCCCUCCCACUUUGUUCCUCGGCGGCCUCUCCCGCGCCUGGCCCCUGGACUCCGUGUCCCUCGGCUGGGGCAGGGCAGAGACAUCCCCCAGUGAAGCCUCGUUUGACGUCGGCACCGCGGCUCGAGGCAGCCAUGGGGGCCCUGCUGCAGCUGGCCCAGGAGGGGGAGCGGCUGCUCUACUGGGGGGCCGGAGCCCUCACUCUGCUCUUCACGCUGGUGGCAGCCUUCACGUGCCGCCUGAUCCCGGGGCUCAGCCCCUGCUACCCUCUGCUGGGAAACGCGCUGCUCUUCGAGCGCAACGGGGAAGAUUUCUUUAAACAAAUAAUAAACAACUUAGAAGAAUUCAGGAAACUACCGCUGCUAAAACUUUGGAUAGGACCAUUGCCUUUUGUGGUUUUAUAUCAUCCGGAAACUGUGGAGGUUCUUCUGAACAGUUCAAAGCACAUAGAAAAAUCUUUUCCAUACAAAUUUCUACAACCAUGGCUUGGCACAGGACUUCUAACAAGCACUGGAGAUAAGUGGCGUUCCAGAAGGAAAAUGAUAACUCCCACAUUCCACUUCUCAAUCUUAGCUGAUUUUCUUGAAGUUAUGAAUGAACAAACCAAUAUUUUGGUUGAUAAACUUGAAAAGCAUGUUGACAAAGAGCCAUUUGAUUGCUUUCUAGACAUCACUCUCUGUGCCCUUGAUAUAAUCUGUGAAACUGCGAUGGGCAAGAAUGUUGGUGCGCAGAACAAUAGGGAUUCUGAAUAUGUCCGUGCUAUUUAUAAAAUGAGUGAUCUCAUUCAUCAUCGACAGAAGUCUCCUUGGCUUUGGUCUGACUUGAUGUAUCCUAUGUUCCAAGAAGGAAGAGAACAUGCUAGAAGCCUCAAGAUCCUUCAUAGUUUUACUGACAAUGUUAUUUCAGAAAAAGCCUGUGAAAUAAAUAACACCGCACAACAUAAAAAUGACUGUGAUGACAACUGUGGACAAAGUGGGCCCAAAAGGAGACGGGCUUUUCUUGAUAUGCUUCUCACUACAACUGAUGAUGAAGGGAACAAACUGAGCUACAUGGAUAUUCGAGAGGAAGUAGAUACUUUCAUGUUUGAGGGACACGAUACAACCGCUGCGGCUAUGAACUGGGCCAUCUACUUACUUGGUUGUCAUCCUGAAGCCCAGAAAAAAGUUCACAAAGAAUUGGAUGAAGUGUUUGGUGACUCUGACGGGCCUGUCACAAUGGAGGACUUGAAAAAACUUCAUUAUCUUGAGUGUGUUGUUAAAGAAGCCCUUCGUCUCUUCCCUUCAGUUCCAUUCUUUGCCCGCACCACAAGUGUAGAUUGCCAUAUGAGCCAGCGCUUUGCACAGAUGGAAGAGAAAGCUGUUCUAGCCAUCAUCCUACGGCACUUUUGGGUGGAAACGAGUCAAAAGCGAGAAGAGCUUGGACUUGUGGGAGAACUAAUUCUUCGCCCAAGUAAGGGCAUCUGGAUCCAACUGAAAAAGAGAAGAUAGCGUGUGUCAUAUGAAAAAAGCUCAUACGAAUUUUAGCUCCUAAAACGUGCUCAGCGGUAUCAUAUAGCACACUCUGAUCACAAUUUUUUAUAGAAUUGUAAUAUAUCAAAAUAUUUCAGAAUCUCUAAGCCUUUUGUACUAGAAAUAUUUAACUUGGGAUGUAAUUUUUCCCUCCCAUUCAGGUGGUGUAAUGUCUCAAAGUAACAUUGACAUUUGAACUUGUAUUGUUACUAGCCAUUGUCUUGGCAUUUUACGUCACUUUCUCUGAGAUGACCAUUCAUGUUGCUCUAUGAAAUGGUCAGCUGGCUGACUUCUCACUCUUGAGAAAAAGUUACUAAGGUGUAGGACAUGCUCAGCUUCCACUCUCCAUAGGUAGGAGUAUGGAGGUGUCCUUCUAACCAUAGUCUCUUAAUUGCCAACCCAAGGUGCUGUUAUAGUAUCAUUAGAAUAUUUUUGGUGUAUGAGUUUCUAGCUUAUGUGAGGGAAAUUAGACAGCUGCUAUUCUCAAGUGGAAUUGUGGUAAGCUAAAUAUAGAAGACUUUCUGUGAAUUGGGAGAUCCUUGCAAACAAUGAAGCAGAUCCUCAGAUGGUGUAAAUCAUCUUAUCUCUGGGGACUUCUAUGGAGCUGUGCAGGUUUACUUAAGAUGAGGAUAUAAACCAUGAUUAUGUUUGCUUGUUUUUUGGCAAAUUCAUUCAGCAAUUUGUCAUGUGCUAAACAAACUCAUGUCUCUAUUGUGGCACUGAACUUCUCCUGGCUUCAGUGGGGCUGCACUAGACCAAGAGGGGAGAAUUUGUCAAAUAACUUCCAGUGUGCCUAUUGAAGGGAAAGAAAUAUUUUCCAAAAUGUGUGCGCUCUUUGAAUGUUAUUGUGGCCUUGAUUGUUGGAAUAAUUCAUCAUGUAAUAUAAUAAGUUCAGCUAGCAAUUGAUUCUCACUGAGAUUCAUGUACAUCUCUGCACUUUAAAAGAUUGUAACCCUUUAUAAAGAAUAUCAAACAUAUCCAAUUAUUAGAAGUUUUCCUUGUUCAGUUUCUGUUUCUGGUACUUUGUUCAUGUAGCAGUCCUCGCCACAUGAGCCACUUUCCUUAGGAUACAGCAAAUACUAAGGUAGUGUGAAGCGUAAGCUGGUACUGGAGAAGAAAGUGGAAGUGCUGUAUCUGCCUGGCUUGUGCACAAUAUGAGAAAUGUGGUCACCAGCACAAAUAAUCUA